AUGCUGCACAAUCCCCACGUAGAAAGCGUGAAAGACAUAUACUUCGCGAAGGACUUCCGCGCCAUCGUCUUCACCGGCAUUCAACUCGCAGUCGACUUGCGCGCUGCCGGCGACGCCUUCGAGAAGGCGCUCCGCUUGAGGGACCAGCACAUGCUGCCGUCUCUGCUCGUCGUCCGGAACGUCCCCGCUGUGCGCAUGGAGAGGGAUGGCAGCUUGUCGCCUUGCGGCUACGUCACGGUUCGCAAACACAAAGCGUUUCGGUGGAUCGUGUCCCUUGCCCCCUCCAACGCAAGAGCCUACGACGUCUUCGACAUGGUGGAAGGCUUGGAACUCGGAAACUGUUCUGGCCUUUUUGUCAUCGGCACCUGGAUUCUGGACUUGCGGACAUUUUCAGCUUUGAAAAUGCUGUUCCGCUCGGAUCUCCGAAAUUCAAGAACUACGCCUCCCGAGUAUCUGUUCGAGGCCGCCUUCGAGGCCUUCGGAGGCGUUUUGGGCCAGCAAGAGGGCGAUGAUGGCUUAGAAGACCCGCUCGAGCUCGGGAGACCUGAAGAGGUUACAGGAAGCACGGCCUUACCCGUCAGUUCGGAAGGAACCCAAGAGAGAGGGACCCCAAGCUCACUUCCCGAGGCGGAACCAUCGGAUGAAGAAGAAGGCAAUAAACUGCCAGAGCACGCGUGUGAUGCUUUGCCCGGCAGUCCGCUGAAACAAAGUCUGUCCUUGGAGGACCAGCAGCAGGAACGUUUUGAAGAAGAUACGACGCUCUCAGCUGCUUCAAUGAAAGCGAAUGAGGCAACACACUCGAGGGGGAAGCAUCCGCGACUUAGUGCCGGUUCCUGUUUUCAAGAUCGAGAGCACAGUGCUGUCGCACCGAAGCCUUUCUAUGAAGACAGUGGAAGCCACGCAGCGAUGAAACAUGACGAACAUAUCGAUUCCUGUCCCAAAAGAGAACCAGUCAGCAUUUUGCAAAACGGAGAAACUCGCUGCCGGCUACCGACCGACGCCCCAUACAAGGAUCUUUCCGUGCAAUUUCCCCAAUCGGAACAGUGGCUAGAACGGCCAAAAGAUAUGCAAGCAGCAUCUACCCUUAGCAGGGAAGAGACAAGAGAAGAUGACCAGCACACACCAAUAGCCGUGAAGGCUGAAAAGGCGGAAUGCCUGAGGAACAAUAACACGAGCCAUCGGUGUUUGACGACGACCACAUCCGAUGUGCAUGACGAAUUCGAAACACGGACAAAUUCUUUCGGAGAUCACAGUGCUGAGAAGCCUGGUACAGAUGAGAACAAUCAGGUCGGAGUCGCUAAGGCCAACGACGGAGAAACACCGCCUCUUGAGACAUCCACCGCUGCAAAAGCCACUUUCGAUGAAGUCAUCGAAAAACAACUGCGUAGUUGGAUGGCUGUGAACAGCGUCAAAUAUUGCGGUCAUAAGUCUUCUGCUCUGGUUGAAAGAUGUUAUCCUUCCCAUGAAUUUGAGUACUGGGCUGUUGAGGAAGAUAUUUAA